AUGUUAGGGUUUUCCUACAAAAAAAUACAUACAAAAAAAAAAAAUACAUACAAAAAAUACAUACAAAAAAUACAUACAAAAAAUUGCCAUACAAAAAAAUACAUACAAAAAAUUACCAUACAUUUUUUCCCAUACAAAAGAAAUCACAUACAAAAAAUUACUAUGUAUUUCGCGCAUACAAAAAAUUGCCAUACAAAAAAUUACUAUGUAUUUCGCACAUACAAAAAAAAUACACACAAAAAAUUGCCAUACAAAAAAAUUACUAUGUAUUUCUCACAUACAAAAAAUUACUAUGUAUUUACACACAAAAAAUUGCCAUACAAAAAAUUGCCAUACAAAAAAAAUGUUAGUAUUUUUUACACGCAAAAAAAUUACUAUGUAUUUCUCCCAUACAAAAAAUUACCAUACAAAAAAAAAGUUAGUAUUUUUUACACGCAAAAAAAUUACUAUGUAUUUACACACAAAAAAUCACAUACAAAAAAUUGCCAUACAAAAAAAUUACUAUGUAUUUCUCGCAUACAAAAAAAUACAUACAAAAAAUACAUACAAAAAAUUGCCAUACAAAAAAACAAUACAAAAUUACCAUACAUUUUUUCUCACACAAAAAAAUCACAUACAAAAAAUUACUAUGUAUUUCUCGCAUACAAAAAAUUGCCAUACAAAAAAAUUACUAUGUAUUUACACACAAAAAAUUACCAUACAAAAAAAAAGUUAGUAUUUUUUACACGCAAAAAAAUUACUAUGUAUUUCUCCCAUACAAAAAAUUACCAUACAAAAAAAAUACAUACAAAAAAUUACCAUACAUUUUUUCUCACACAAAAAAAUCACAUACAAAAAAUUACUAUGUAUUUCUCGCAUACAAAAAAUUGCCAUACAAAAAAAUUACUAUGUAUUUCUCCCAUACAAAAAAUUGCCAUACAAAAAAAAUGUUAG